GUUGUGCAGAGCCGUCGUCAUGUUCGGAACGAAGUUGUGCUUGAUGCUUCUCUGCUGCGUCACGAUGGCGGUCUACGAGGUCGAAGGCACCGGAGACUCGUGCUGCGAGCUGGCGGCAGACUCCGGGCCGUGUGAGGCCUAUAUUCGUAAUUUCCACUACAACCUCAGCGCCCAGCGGUGCGAGAUGUUCAUCUACGGCGGCUGCGAAGGCAACUGCAACAACUUCUGGACUGAAGACGAGUGCCGGUCCAAGUGCGAACGCGACCGGAACAGCGUAUAGACCCGCCGCGACGGGGAACCCACUCGCGAUGGCAGCUGAGCUCGAGCACAAACCGGCGCAUCGGCACCCCAACAACGGCUUCAUCUGCGAAUGACGGAACUGUCGAAUGCCGCAUCAUCGUGGCGCAUUGUCGAGGUUAAAAAAAAAAAAUCGCGUAUCGCAUCGUACGUCUCAGUUUGAAUCUGAUGUUUCGAGAGAAAUUGAAUAAAGAUUUUCGUUUUUUGGAAAUAAAA